UUGUUUUGUUGAUUAGUUUAAAGAACAAUUAAUAAUGAUAAAAGCUAUUUUAGUUUUUAAUAAUCAUGGCAAACCGCGCCUCUCAAAAUUCUAUCAAUACUUUAAUGAGGAUAUGCAGCAGCAAAUCAUAAAGGAAACAUUCCAAUUGGUAUCCAAGCGAGAUGAUAAUGUGUGCAAUUUUUUGGAAGGUGGCAGCCUGAUUGGUGGCUCAGAUUAUAAGCUAAUCUAUCGCCAUUAUGCCACGCUGUAUUUUGUUUUCUGCGUCGAUUCGUCAGAAAGUGAACUGGGAAUUUUGGAUCUCAUUCAGGUGUUUGUAGAAACACUGGACAAAUGUUUUGAAAAUGUCUGCGAAUUGGACUUGAUCUUCCACGCUGAUGCCGUACAUCAUAUCCUUGCCGAAUUGGUUAUGGGCGGUAUGGUUUUGCAGACAAAUAUGUCGGAUAUAAUGGCCCGAAUCGAAGAACAAAAUAAAUUGGUGAAGCAAGAAGCUGGUAUAUCAGCGGCGCCCGCCCGUGCCGUUAGUGCCGUGAAGAGUAUGAACAUUCCACAGCAAAUCAAGGAUAUUAAACUGCCCGAUUUGCCUCAAGCCAUUAAAGACUUAAAAUUCUGACCAGGGCAA